UACUACUUCUGCUACUUGCACUACUCCUGCUGCUUAACCUUAUACUGCUACUUGUGCUACUUGUACUACCUCAGAUAAGAUGAGGAAAGAAUUUGCUUGAGGCUCCAAUCUCUUUCCAGUGCAGUGAAGCAUCCACGGCCACCUGAGCUCGUCCCUGGGUGACGUGGCCCAUCCAUACGUACACCAGCUAGAACCUUCUGUCAAGCUCCAAUAUAAGAUAGACAGCUCCCAAACAUCCACCAAGUACUGAAACAACUCCCAGUGCCAUGGACGCAGGGCUAGAGACCAUCGGCGCACGCUGUAGCUGCUGUAACAAGCAAGACUUUCUCCCCUUCAAGUGCUCCCACUGUGCACUCUCCUUCUGCCUGGACCAUGCACGGCAAGAUGCUCAUACCUGUGCUGCACUAUCUACUGUUCCACAGCAAUCAAACCAGUCAGAUACAAAAACAACAACUGGACCGAGUCUGAAAGCGUUGCAGGCAGAGCAUCUGGCGCGUCGGCGUAUAUCGCCACAACCUGGCAAACAAUCUGCUGCCAAUGUACAAAACAAGCAGGAAGCGACAGAUCGGAUACAAGGAGCCUUGAAGGCUCUCAAGACGCGCUUCACGUUGCCCAAAACAGCUACAGCAACACGCACAGCCGAAGAAGCACGAAUGCUUGGUGCGUUGAAACGAGAGGCAAAAGGGGAUCCUAAAUUGCCUGUAGCCCAGCGACGAUAUGUCUACGUUCAGGGUUCAGGCAAAUCAAAGCAUGCACGAUACGUGUCUGUAGAUUGGACAUGUGGACGCACACUCGAUGAACUUGCAAAAGUCGUGGAUAUGCAAAAUGACAAUGCACGCACGACAGAUCCAGCGCGCAAGUUGCAUCUGCUGCUGGUAGAAGAGGAUCUUGUACUAGAGCCUAGUCAGAGCAUUGGUGCUCGUCUCAAGCGGGACGGCCUGACUCUUCAAGUGUAUCGGGGUAUACGGCCACAGCAGCCUUAGUUCACGCAUCAUGCAUUGUAUCAGUAAUCCUUGUAUAGCAUCAUUUUCAAAACUUGUCUAUUGUCUACUGUUGCUUGUUGCCGACCUUCAUCGGUGGAGCAAAAGCGCCAUAUGAGAUUUGCAGUGAGCUGAUGGCCUUGAUGCCUACAAUCAGGAUGGGCACGAGCAACAAGAGCGCCAUG